AUGCCGAUAACUUUUCAACUACAAGUAAAUUCAAACGAAGCAAUUAUAAUCAGACAGAGUAUUCAAACAAUUGGAUAUCUAUUAAAAACUGUAGCACCUGUGAACUAUUAUUCUUCGGUAAAACCUAAUUUGGCUAGAUUGCAAAUAAAUUCAGUGUAUUUCAAUGAAUCAUGUACAGAUGCUCAGUGUGAUAUUGCAAUGCGUUAUUCGAUAAUUCCAAUCACCACAAAGCCUUUGAUAAUCACAUCAACAUUUACCUCUGGUGUAUCCAGUUUUACGAAAACAUUAACUAUUACUCCACGAGAUAACUACUCUACUGUGUUGUCAUCAAGUCAGGUUCUAGGAGUUGAUCUAAUUUCUAUUGAUUCAAAAACAAUCAAAAAUCAAGUUAUACCAAACUAUAUGACAUCACUGAAGUUAACGCUAACUCUGAAACCCAAUGUAUGGCAGUCGAUAUAUUUUCAACUUUAUGCUCCAGGUGCCUACCAAGAAUACAUAUUAGUCAAGCCAAUAAUGCUAAGCCAAUCAACAUCAUUGCCAUAUGUCAGUUCAGUUUCGGACUCUUUGGAAAAUAUGGUUUAUAUCAGUAUAGAUAAAGCUUAUUACGAAGGAAUUGCAACCGACCAAACGAUUUCGGCAGUAAAUCAGUUGACUUACUAUAUCCCGAUGUUCACUGCCAAUUCUGUCAGACCACUGGUCAACUUCACUUACAAUCUGACAGUCAAUUCAAUCUCUAUAUUUGGUAAUUUCAUAUUUACUACCACCACUCCAGCAACGCAAUUUAAACAUACUCUUUAUGUAAUGGGAGAUUGCAAUGUGACAACAACAAUAAACUACGCUUUCCCAACAUUUGUUAAUAUCAGUGGGAGUACAAAAAAUUUUACCGGCCAGACUUUGGUAUUGCGUCCAAUACCAAGUUUCCCAAUAUACACCGACAUUAUGAUUGAAGUAAGUCCAUCUAGUGUAACGCUGCAGCCAGGUCAAAUAACAACUAUCAAUGUGAAAUAUAUAUUUCCACUGAACUCCACCUAUCUGAAAUCUACAAUACAAAUCAGUGAAACUGGAAGCUACAACACUAAUGAAUCUAUAAUAACUGUUGUAGAUUUUAGAAUAAAUUUGGGUUCUAAUUUAUUUUACACAACAACUGCUUAUUCAUCUAAUUAUUUGUCAACUUAUCCAACCGAUCAAAAUGAUCAGUUGUUAAUAUACUUCGAAAAUAUCACAAACAUUGGUACGGUAAGUGUACCCUUAAUGCGAAACACUCUGAGUCUUUCAGUGGAUAUCCGGUUGAGUGAUAGUAAAAUUGUGGAAAACGGAACUGUUUGGCCGUUGCAAAUCACUGGUCGAUUCAAUGCUGUCACUAAUAUUAGCAAAAUAUCUGUAUAUUGUGUAAGAACUGGGUCAGAAAAACCAUCAAUUCACGUUGUACUAUCUCAACUGUCAUCGUUCACAUUCAGUGAUUAUCCUGAUAGAGAUGUGGUGUAUCUUCAGACAACCGUUCAAAUGAUGAAUGGUACCGGAUUGGAAUGUGAAAGACAAUCAAUAAUUUUCUAUCUCAGUCCAGAAAUAAAAUCAAUCAUUGUAGUUAAUCAAACAGGCAACAUAGAUAAUGUAACAUUGAAAACUCCUUUAAACCCGGUAUCUAAAUCAGUUCAGUUCAUAGCAGGACGUUUAUAUUUCGGUGCAAAGUAUGAAGUCAUCUUUAGUCUGAAAUUUAAUCCAUCUCUUAGUACAACCAUUGUGAAAUAUCCAAUUCUAGUCGAAAUUGUGUGCAAACCCUAUGAACGUGGUAGUCCCGUAGUGAAUAGCUGUGCAAAACAAAGGUUUUACAAGUUCAAAUCUCAUCUGCGUGUUCAACUUGACUACACUUAUCCUUACAGCUUACCUCAUUACGUUGCAAUGCGGAACCCUUUGGUACAGUUGCCCGACCGUCAAGCAAAUACAUUUCUAAAUGUUGGUGAUCUUUUGUUUUAUUGUGCACGUGCGUUUAGUAUAAAGGGUUCAUUAGAUUUGGUGAGACGAUGUUUCAAGAUUGGUAAAUUGCCUGAAAGAAUUUGGUUUGAUGUCGGACCAUCUGUUGAACAGAUUAUAGCGUACACAAAUCCACUUGGCAUAUUGUUCGGUUUGGGAGCAAAUGGUGGAGGUGUAAUGAUGAGUAAGGAUUUGGGGAAAACAUGGAUUUCAAUCAACCCAUUCAUGUAUCAAAGAACUUUGAAUACGUCGACUGAAAUCAUUACAGCAAGUGUCAUACCAUGGAUUUCAUCAACUGGAUCAAUUGACAAUACAGUGUCUGAGUCAUUUUGUAAGAUGCGAGUGGCUAAUCAAUGGAAUGGUGUUUAUGACACUACUUUGCCAAUGAUGAAUCGAUCAGUUCGUCUAACAGUUUUUAUCCAGAUGUAUAAACCAAGUUUGGUAUCCGUUCUGUUUGAAGCGAAAAUCUCACCAUUAGGUAAGAAUUCUACAGUGAAUUUUUGUGAGAGUCAAGUCAAACCAUUUGCAGGUCCUAAUUUGGUUGCGAAUAAUGUCUUGACAUUAAAGGAUACCUCAGUCGUGAAUCAAGCUGAAAAGUUGCAAUUCUUUAAUCUUCAACUGAGUAUCCUGCCUUCUGCGAGAGCACUUUAUAGUGUUUAUAUAACUUAUACUGGUAAAAUAAAGGCGGAACCAUGUUCCGUGGAUUACUUGUUAACAGAAAAUAAUUCAACUAAGAAAGUCUCUAAAACUCCUGUAGUUACUAUUGAAAAAGUCGAACCACGAAAUUCACAACCAACAGUAAACUUUAGUACAAUUGUAGAAGUUCGAGUGAAAUUCGUUGAAGACUUUGUCUACAUGCCGAUAACUUUUCAACUGCAAGUAAAUUCAAAUGAAGCAAUUAUAAUCAGACAGAAGAUUCAAACAGUUGGAUAUCUAUUAAAAGCUGUAGCACUUGUGGGCUAUGAUUUUUCUGUUAAACCGUAA